AGCUGCUUGCCAUUGUGUCAUUCGUAUUUCAACACUUCAAAGUAAUUUCUGAUUUGCAUUUUGCGUUUUGUUAUUGCAUUGGAAACGGAGAAAUCAAAUUUACAAAGGCUCUUUCAUAACCGAGAUUAUUCAACGUUUGGCACAGAAAAAGCUUCAUUCUGACAAGUUGCGCCAAUUGUAAAACUCCAGCACCAUAAAUCAUUAUUCGAAGGAAAAGUUUGCGCUCGCGAAGAAAACCACUCAACUAUGAACAAGUCUUCGGAAAAGAACCCAAAAGUUCUUGUGAAAAGCUCGGCAAAAGGACGAGGAGGCAAGGACGUCGAGAUUCGUUCCAAAAAACAUAAGAAUGAACUGCAUAUAUUGAAAAUGUCACAAGAAUGGGAUUUAAGGAGGCAGCAGAGACGCUUGGAUCGCCAGAAGUGGGUGGAAGAGCGAAGAAACCAGAAGUUACCUAUCUGGCAGCGAGUUGGUAACCUUAGAGUCCAAGCGAACGAAAAAGAGAUUUUGCGGGGAACUGACAAUGAACAUGUAAACAAGAAGGAACAUACCAAAAAUUCAAAUGAGGGUAGUCAAGAUGGCAUGACAAAUGACGAGAAAGUAAAGGUAAAAGUGAAACAAACUGUCGCAGUACCGCCUGCCGAAAGCGAUCCAUUUCGCUUCAAGUGCUCGCGUUUAUCUGAGCUCAUUCAAGAAACGUACAGUCCAAACCAGAAAAGCCAUUUAUCUGACGAGAUUCAGUUUAUCAAAACUGAACAGCAGAGAACAAUGAAACAGCCCUUACAGUACAACAUCAACACACUACAAUCAUCAAAUGUCGCCGCGACACAAAUCACUGGACAAGUUUCGAUCACAACUUUUAACAGCUCGUCAAAGUCUCCAACAAGGCAAGACAAACACGAGCGACAGCAGUAUGAAAGCAAACCGUCUGCGGAUAAAGAAGGGAAAGCUACCCGCAGCCCGAGAGGAGAGGGGCACGGAUGUGGAUCUCCACAAAAUAUGUCGACAACUGAGGGGUUAAGAAAAGACAGGAAGCGAAAAUUGGAUGCGGUACUAGUCGAAGACGAUACGAGGCCGACGCCUAAACUCAUGUGCGUUGAUAAACCGACAACUUUAGAGACUCUUGAAAGAGCAAAUGGGGUUACUUCAUCAAAUUCCGUGAACAAUCCCUCUACAAUGAUGAGACACAGCCGCGGAGGACUGGAUCAGAGCGUACGAGCAGGAGAUGAAAGCAUGCCGCGGAUAAAACAAUGCUACUCCUUGCAUGACAGUCGAGAAGAUGACGUCUCGUUUGCAAAAAAGUCACAAAGCAAAUCCACGCCACUUGCCGUUACCAUGACAUCACCAGUAACUAUGACAACCACGCCUUCCUCUAAAGGGCUACCGUCAGUAACGGUGGAUCCUGGCUGUAUUGUUUACAUAUCAAAAUCGGCGGCGCAAACUCCCUCUCCUGGCGCCAGUCUCCCUCCUCGGGCUGGCUAUCUCUUGCCUGUUUAUAAACCGGACACUAGAGAAGCUGCUUAUGCAUUUUUGCCAGCUGGUGCCCAGCUUCCCAAUCGAGUGGGGGACAAAGCGGGCUUGGAAACACGUGCGUUACAACGCAAAAAUGACAGCUGUACAACAGUUGCAAGUACGAGCACGCACUCUCAUCCGCGUCCUCAUUCGACAAAAGGUUCAAAAGAGACAAGUAUUGCUAGCCAUCUUGACAAAGCGAAGUUUGUUCUACACUCCCAACCUCAGUCCACUUCAUACAAAGACAACACGCCACAGAAUGCAAGAGUACAUUCUGGUUAUGAAUCAAGCGCGGGUGUGAGUGUCACGUCAGCAAAUCCUUCACGACCUGAUUCAGGUAAUAUUAAUGGCGACUUAAGAGGAGGUAGUGGAAAUAAUCACGUGGUUAAUAUACCGCACACACAUGGGCAACAUCCUAAAGCAACCAUUUACGUUGGUAACCCGCGAAUUUCAAGAGAGGAUGUAACUGGCUCACCGCUGCCUCAAGAUGACAAAAACUCAAUCGCGCCAUCAGAUAAACUUCAUUAUCCAGCCGUUUGUCGCACACCAGAAGUUGUACCAAACCCAGCGCCAAACACUCAAGAAGGCAUUUUCAACCCGAUGGCCUUGUAUGUUAGGCCGAGAUUGGUUCCCAGGGAGGUAGUGUCGGUAAAUCACGCGACAGAACCCAGUCCCCCACUCGUGGAGUACAUAAAGACUGAUGCGAUAUGCGAUAAAGAGUUGACUAAAUGGGACGCCAAAAACGUGGCGGAUUUUAUCGCAGCAACUGACUGUAGGGAUAAGGCGGAACUGUUUCUGGAAGAGGAAAUUGACGGCAAAGCUCUGCUUUCACUAUCCCCAGAGAUAUUAAUGAAAGGAAUGAACUUGAAGCUUGGACCUGCUGUAAAACUCUAUAAUCAUAUCGUAAAUCUGAGAGCAGCACUGUCACUUUAAGCUUUGUUGCAUUUUCCAAGCGAAGCACAUAUUUUGCUAGUUGUAUUGGUAAAUAAUUACUCACUUCAUACAAAGCAUUUCUUUAUACAUGUGUCGGAAACACACCUUCCGUCAUCUUGAUGUCGCUGACGUCGUUACGUGCUAUUUAUUUUAUAUAUUUUGUAUGAUUCAUGAUUAUUAUAUAUUGAUUAUUAAAGAAAUGUGCGUCAAUCAA